CCGUCGGAACUAUUUUUAGUGUUGCACUUGCUGCAGAAGGUGGUUGUCCAAAAUUGACUUGAUGAGACAUGUAUAUGUCAUCGUGGUAGCAAGACAGCAGCACACUUUUUUUUAUUUAACCUUUGUUUAACUAUGCAAGUCAAUUAAGAACAAAAUAUUAUUUACAAUAAUUGUGCGCCGCCCUAUGGGACUCCCAAUCAAGGCCGGAUGUGAUACAGCCUGGAUUUGAACCAGGGACUGUAGUGAGACCUCUUGCACUGAGAUGCAGUGCCUAGACAGCUGCGCCAGUCGGGAGCCCAAGAUACUGGUCAAUUCAAGGGCCAAUGUGUUAACAUUGCAUAACAUUAUAUUGUCACUAUCCGUACAGUAGGUGGCGGCAAUACAUCAAUAGGCGUAGUCUGCCAUAAAACCUUAAGGAAGAAGAAGAAGCACACUCGUGAGAACUAUGAACCGUUGUUCAUGUAUCUGUUGUCGUUUUUAUAGACAGAUGAGCGAGUCUGCCAACAAAUAUGGUCCCUCUAAAGCGCAGGAAAGUGAACUGCUCCGUUACAAGCGACAGCAGCGGUGACAGGACCAGCAAGUUUCCCGGGGUUGUCAUCUAUCUUCUGGAGAGAAAGAUGGGAGCCAGUCGGAGAGCCUUCCUCACUCGGCUCGGCCGGGGUAAAGGUUUCAACAUAGAAUACUCCUUAAGCUGUUCCAUCACUCAUAUCGUGUCCGAGAAUAAUUCUGGGGAGGAAGUCCGGACUUGGCUGGACCACCAGACUGGAGGACAGGAGAGAGAAGGGGGAGAAGGCAGGACAGCCCGACCUGGUUCAUUCCAUCUCCUGGACAUCGUUUGGUACACAGAGAGCAUGCAUGCUGGCAUUCCCGUGAUUAUACUGGACAGACACAGACUACAGGAGAGAGAGAAGCCUGGUUUGGAGCUGGCAGUGGUCUCAGUACCCAGCUAUGCCUGUCAGAGACACACCCCUCUACUGCACCACAACAUAACACUGACUGAUGCGUUGUCCAUACUGGCUGAGAAUGCGGAGCUCGGUGAAAACGAGGGACGGGGAGUGGCGUUCCGUAGGGCGGCAGCCUUGUUGAAGUCCCUCCCCCAGGAGGUCAGAGGGGCAGAGCAACUACGAGGACUGCCUUGUCUGGGGGAGCACUCACUCAGAGUCAUCAAGGAGGUUCUGGAGGAUGGUGUAUCUCAAGAGGUGGAGACCACCACGCAUUCAGAACAGUUUAAGGCCAUGAAGGCCCUAACAGGUAUUUUCGGGGUAGGGGCGAAGACAGCGGACCGUUGGUUCAGGGAGGGAAUACACACGCCCUACGACCUGCAAAGAUCAGGACACACACUCAACAGAGCGCAACGAGCAGGUCUGCAGUAUUAUAACGAACUGAACCUGCCUGUCACGAAAUCAGAGGCUGUUGCAAUUGGUCAGAUUGUGGAGAGGGCGGUCCAUGCUGUGCUCCCGGGGGCAGAGAUCACUCUGAUUGGAGGAUUCAGGAGAGGUAAGCAGACUGGUCAUGAUGUGGACUUCUUGAUAACCCAUCCCGACGAGGGCAGAGAGGAGGGGCUCAUGCCUAAGGUGGUGUCCUGGCUUGAAGCACAGGGCUUCCUGUUGUACCGGAAGACCACUGGGAACUCUUAUCUGGAGAGCAAAGAGGGUCCUGCGAGGCCAGCCUCUAACAUGGACCGCUUUGAAAGAUGCUUCUCCAUCUUUAGACUGAGCACAGACAACGAAGGGAGGGAGAUCCAGACGGGGAGGGAGAUCCAGACGGGGGAUGGUCCACAGACAUACUCACCGACACUGACCAAUAUAGAUCCACACACCCACUCAGACUCUCCUCACCCACUUCCCCAGACCCUUGUGGUGGUGGGUGAUCAUGCCCAGAAGGUGAGCUGGGUGCUGGGUCAUUCUCAGUGCUCAGGUCCCCGGACCUGGAGAGCAGUGAGGGUAGACCUGGUGGUCUCUCCAUACAGUCAGUUUGCCUUCGCAUUGCUGGGCUGGACUGGAUCGAAGUUGUUUGAGAGAGAGCUGCGUCGCUGGGCAGUACAUGAGAAGGCCAUGACUCUGAGCAGCCAUGCUCUGUACGACAGAAAACGGACGCAGUAUCUAAGGGCUAGUUCAGAGGAGGAGAUCUUUGCUCAUCUGGGUCUGGAAUAUAUCCCUCCCUGUGACCGGAACGCCUGACGACAACAUACUGGACUGAUAACAGAUACAGUCUAAGAGCAAACCCACGCUAAAUUAAACCUAAACAUAAGCCAAAUCAAACUAAGCCUUAUCCCGAGAACAACACACAGGUCAGAUACAGCAAGAAGGGGAGGUGAGAGUUGGAUAGAUCGUUACAUAUCUGUAUUUUAUUAAAUUGUAAAUAAUAAAAAACAUACAGACCCAGGAUGUUGUAAAGUACCAAAUCUAUAGAUGUGUUUAAUUUAGUUAACUAAAUGAAAAUAACUUAACUGCUCGAGCCAUUAAUUGUACAGUAUGUGCUUUUUUUUUCAUAUCUGACAUAGAUCAUAGAUCAUUUUCUUUCAUUGGUGCCUUGUUAUUGAAUACGUUUUUAAUAUUUACUGCAAAAUGACUGCUUGUUUGUAAUAUUUAGAAUGCAGUUAAACUAUGUGAAUUCAAAUGAUAUCAAUAAUUUUAGACUUACCAAAAAGCUUUUUAAAUGUGACAUAAUGUAGGCCUAAAACUGUGCAUUCUGAGGGAUGCUUAAAUAAGUGCUUAAAUAUAUGCAUGCCCUCAUGCAGUGUGCGUGGUUUUGUUACAUUUUGCAUGAUGACAGCAGUGGCCUAUUUACACAGCAGCUGUACGCUACACACACACCACCAUCCAACUUACGGUCUCAGAAAUAGAAACAUUAUGUACAAAAUAAGUUUUUAAAAAUGCCAAAAACACACGUAGCAUAAUUGGUUAGGAGAUCGUAAAACGGCAGCCAUCUCCUCUGGCGCAUGUGACAAAUAAAAUGGGACUCUAUUACCUCUCAAUUCAUGUCUGAGCAUAUAUAUGUUUGUACAUUGAUAUAUGUAUAUACAGCGUACCAUUUUAUAUAUUAUCAAUUUAUGCAGUGGUGGUUUCUGUGUGUACUCUUGUUUUUAGUUGACAGAAAUAAAACUCUUAUUAUUGAAUGA